AUGCAUUUCAAGAAAAAUUCCUCCCGACUAUCCUUCUUCUCACUUCCCCGCUCCCGUCGUCAAGCGGCCGCAGAAAAACCGCCAACACCAAACCCGUACAUUCCCACAUACGCUGCGCGCUCAUUUACCUCGUCGACAACACCGGUACCACUCGAGCAGCGGUACUACGCCCGGCAGAAAAAAGAUGAUGCAACAACACGAGAGACUACGAUGACGAUAGCUGAGAGAUCCGAAGCUAUGCGGCAGCGGGGAAGAGCUCGUGGGCAGAUCAAUAUCGAGCUUCAAAUCUAA